AUGGUAGCUACUGAGCAAGAGAACAAUGACCUUAGGGAAGAGGUUAGUAGCCUCAAGGAAAGUAUGGAGAAGAUAACUGCAAUGAUGAUGGACAUGAUGGCCGCACAGGCACAAGCCUCUCAAGCAAAAGUUGUUCAGACUGUUCGGGCAGAUGUUGAAGUCUCUCAGCCUGCUGGUUCUCCGGUGACCCAGCCAAUUUCUACAGCAACUAUUGGUACUACACAGCCGUUGGUGAAUCAGUUUUCCUCAGGUGAUAUGACAAACAUGUAUAAUUCAGGGUUUCGUCCUGCUGGCUCUCUUGGUUUUUCUAUCCCUCCUCAGUAUCAUAUGCCGCCAGGCUAUCCGUGGGGCAUGCCACUCGCAAAUAAUGAAGGUGUUCGUCAUAAUGCACCAGAAAUGCAGUUCCCUUUUGGUCAGCAACAAACACUGUUUUAUCAGUCCGGCCAGCCUUUUCCUCAGGCCACUAUGACCUGUGCUGGACCCCUCGUUCAUGCUGCUCAUCAAGAAGAAGAUCAAGUUUAUCACUCCAAUAGUGUGGCGGGUGCUGAUAGGGUGGGAAACUUGGAAGAAAAGUUUGAGGCGGUGCAUAAAGAGUUAAAGACUAUCCGCGGUAAAGAAAUGUUCAGUCAGAAUGUGAAUGACCUCUACUUGGUUCCAGACGUGGUGAUACCUCAUAAGUUUAAAAUGCCGAUCUUUGAAAAGUACACAGGGGAUACUUGCCCUGAGAUGCACUUAGUCACAUAUGUCAGGAAGAUGAUAGCUCACAAGAAUAAUGAGCCUCUGCUUAUUCACUGUUUCCAGGACAGUUUGACUGGUCCCGCACAUACAUGGUACAUGAAUUUGAAGGGCAUCGCUACAUUUGAAGAGUUGGCCAAUGCUUUCAUCAAACAGUACAAAUAUAACUCUUAUCUGGCAUCUAACCAGAAAGAACUGCAAUCUAUGACUCAGAGUGAUAAGGAAUCUUUCAAGGAAUAUGCUCAGCGCUUCAUUCAGAAAUCUGCUCAAAUCCGUCCGCCUCUGGAUGAAAGGGAAGUGUCCGAUCUAUUCUAUGAGACUCUGAGCCCUUUCUACUCAGAGAAGAUGCUUGGUUGUGCUUCACAAAAGUUUACCGAUAUGGUAGAUAUGGGUGUGCGCAUUGAAGAUUGGGUCCGUAAGGGACGUGUGAGUAAGGAUGGUGCUUCUUCAGGUGGUUCAUCUAAUGGUAAUAGGAAGUUCGGAAAUGGGUACUCAAAGAAGAACGCUCAAGAGGUUGGCAUGGUGGCCCAUGGCGGAUCCCAGCCUGUAUACCCCAGCUACCCCUAUGUUGCUAACAUUCCACCACCUACCCCAGCUCCACAAAAUCCAAACUAUCAACUACAAAGGCCUCAAACACCCCAUCCAUAUUAUCCACCACUAUAUCAACCACAACCUUAUCAGCCACAACCAUUUUAUCAGCAACCAUACUAUACCCCAUCACCACAGCCACAACAGUCUCGCCCUCGAGCUCAACAACAACAGCCUCACCCUCAAAGAAACCAAUUUCCCCCUAUUCCCAUGACAUAUGAAGCCUUGUUACCUUCGUUGCUUGUCAGAGGUCUUGUUCAGACCCUACCACCUCCUCGUGUGCAGAACCCUUUACCCCCAUGGUUCCGUGCUGAUAGAAAUUGUGCCUUUCAUCAAGGGGCACCGGGACAUGACAUUGAACAUUGUUACCCCCUUAAAGAAGCAGUUCAAAAGUUGAUUCAUAACAAAGAUUUAUCCUUUACUGACCCUAACCCUGUUGCUCCAAACAAUCCUCUGCCACCCCAUGGGCCUACUGUUAACAUGGUUGAAGAUUAUCAAGAAAGAGGUCUUGUCACUUGCUCUCAGGAUAUCAAAACUCCGUUGGUUCCAUUACAUGUGAAAAUGUGUGAGGCAGCUAUGUUUAGCCACAAUCAUAAUAGUUGUGAGGUAUGUUCUGUGGACCCCCGCGGCUGCGUGCAGGUUCAAAAUGAUGUGCAAGGGCUAAUGGAUCGAGGAGAGCUGGUUGUUACAAGGGAGGACAAGAGCAUUUGUGUUGUAAUCCCUGUGUUCAAGGAUAGUGCGAAGCCAAUUGACGGUGUUACUCCGGUGUUCAAGGACAAUUCCAAGCCAGCUGUCACUCCUCUUGUGAUUUGUGUGCCGAGACCCAAGCCGUUUUUCUCUCAAAACGCCAUGCCGUAUAAUUAUGAACCUACAAGCAUAGAGAAUGGUAAAGAGAUAUCCUGGAGUCCCUCAACUUCCGUGAGUAACAUUGCGGAGAAUAGUCAAAUUUUGAGAAGUGGACGUAUCCUUCCGGCUGUUGUGCAAGCAAAGAAGAAAGCUCUGGUGAUAGAGUCAGUGCCAAUACCAGAUCCUAGCAAGGGUAAGAGUGUGGUUCAACCUAGUGAAACUGAUAAUGAUGAGAUUUUGAAGAUAAUCAAGAAAAGUGAUUAUAAGAUAGUGGAUCAGUUAUUGCAGACUCCAUCAAAGAUUUCUAUCAUGUCACUAUUGACAAGCUCUGAUGCUCAUAGGGAUGCAUUGAUGAAAGUGUUGAAUCAAGCCUAUGUAGACCAUGAUGUGACUUUGGGUCAAUUUGGGAGCAUUGUUGGAAAUGUGACGGCAUGCAACAAUCUGAGUUUCAGUGAUGAAGACCUCCCAGUGGAGGGGAAAAACCAUAAUAUGGCCUUGCAUAUCUCUGUUAUGUGCAAAACAGAUUCUUUGUCCAAUGUCUUGAUAGACACCGGUUCUUCCCUCAAUGUGAUGGCAAAGACAACCUUUGAUAAAUUGACAUAUUCAGAUGGAUUUAUUAGGCCUAGUUGCGUAUCAGUAAGGGCAUUUGAUGGAUCCCGGAAAACGGUAUGGGGAGAAGUAGAUUUACCUAUCACUAUUGGACCCCAAGAGUUUAAAGUUACAUUCCAGAUAAUGGAUAUUCAAGCUUCCUACAGCUGUUUACUUGGUAGACCGUGGAUUCAUGAAGCCGGGGCAGUAACAUCCACUCUUCAUCAAAAGCUAAAGUUUGUGAGUCGUGGAAAGCUUGUUACAGUGAGUGGGGAAUCAGCUCUUUUGGUUAGCCAUUUGUCGUCUUUUUCCUUCAUUGGUGGUGAAAAUUCGGAUGGAACGUCAUUCCAAGGGCUUUCGGUUGAAAAUAGUACUACAAGAGGUGAAACAUGCAUGGCCUCUCUAAAGGAUGCUCAGAGAGUAAUUCAAGAAGGAAAGGCUGAAGGCUGGGGGAAGUUAGUACAGUUGCCCGAGAACAAGCGCAAAGAAGGUCUGGGUUUCUCCGGCAAUAAGCAAGUGAUGUUCGACCCAACUAGGGGUACUUUUCACAGUGCUGGAUUCAUUAAUGCGCCACCUGAGACUAAUGCAAUCUUGGAAGAUCAAUCAGAAGAGGUGGCACCUAACUUUGUGACUCCUGGUGGAAACUGCUGCAAUUGGAUUGUUGUUGACAUCCCUUAUGCGAUACCUCUUUCUAAACUGAACAUACAUGAGCCCAUUGAACAUGGUGACCCUAUGCUGCCUCCCAACUUUGAGUUCCUAGUUUACGAGGCUUGGGUAGAAGAGGAUGAAGAGAUUCCCGAUGAGCUCCGAUGGAUGUUAGAGCAAGAAAGAAAAGUCAUUCAGCCUCACAAGGAAGAAAUAGAGUUAAUCAACCUGGGUACUGAGGAUGAUAAAAAAGAAAUUAAGAUUGGAGCGUCGUUGGAGGCGUCUGUCAAGAAAAAGAUAAUUGAGCUUCUCAGAGAGUAUGAUGAUAUAUUUGCAUGGUCCUACAAAGAUAUGCUGGGGUUAGACCAUGAUGUUGUGGAACACCGUUUGCCUUUGAAGCCCGAGUGUCCUCCAGUCAAGCAGAAGUUAAGAAGAUCUCAUCCAGAUAUGGCUCUCAAGAUCAAAGAGGAAGUGCGAAAGCAAAUUGACGCAGGUUUCUUGAUUACCUCCGAAUAUCCUCAAUGGUUGGCCAACAUAGUGCCCGUUCCAAAGAAAGAUGGUAAGGUCAGAAUGUGUGUUGACUAUCGGGAUUUGAACAAAGCUAGUCCGAAAGAUGAUUUUCCUUUACCUCACAUUGAUGUAUUGGUUGAUAGUACUGCUAGAUGCAAGGUAUUCUCCUUCAUGGAUGGAUUCUCCGGGUAUAACCAGAUCAAGAUGGCUCCAGAAGAUAAAGAAAAGACAUCGUUCAUCACGCCUUAG